CGUGGGGCUGUGUUCCUGGCAGGCAGGCUUGCCUGGGAGGGAUCUGCCGUCAAAGCCACCCAGGAAAGGAGGCCUGAUCCGCUCAUUAAUAUUCUGAACUAGUGACCCUUCUUUUUCUUUCCACCCCUCGCCUUUCUCUGGGCGCUCCAGCCUCUCCCCGCCGCGGAUGGCUGCAGCCCCCUCCAGCUGAGUCAGUCCUCCCUCCCCGCAGCAUUGCAGCACCUCCGCAGCUCCUGCGCUCCCUCCUGCUCCUGCAGCACCGCUCCGCUCCCGCCGCAGCAUGGCCAGCACCGUCUCAGCCUACAAGGAGAAAAUGAAGGAGCUGUCUCUUCUCUCCCUCAUCUGCUCCUGUUUCCACACCCAGCCCCAUCCCAACACCAUCUACCAGUAUGGAGAUAUGGAGGUGAAGCAGCUGGAUAAGAGGGCAUCAGGCCAGAGCUUCGAAGUGAUCCUGAAGUCCCCUUCAGAUUUAUCUCCUGAGAGCCCAAUCCUUUCCUCCCCUCCCAAGAAGAAGGACCUGUCCCUGGAGGAGCUGCAGAGGAGGCUGGAGGCUGCAGAAGAGAGGAGGAAGACCCAGGAGGCGCAGGUGCUGAAGCAGCUGGCGGAGAAGCGGGAACAUGAGCGGGAGGUGCUGCACAAGGCACUGGAGGAGAACAACAACUUCAGCCGCCUGGCCGAGGAGAAGCUCAACUACAAGAUGGAGCUGAGCAGGGAGAUCCGUGAGGCACAUCUCGCCGCCUUGAGGGAGCGGCUCCGCGAGAAGGAACUGCACGCAGCCGAAGUCCGCAGGAACAAGGAACAGCGGGAGGAGAUCUCCGGAUAAAGGGCUUUUCUACACAUCUAGCACCUGAUUCCUGUUAACAAACCAACCAAUCGACCGACCAACACGUUUUAUUUUGUUUGUCUAGAUGCGACAUUCGGUUCUCCAUCCCCCCUCCCCGGUGUUCGUCCCCCAGCUACACGCUUCUCUCUGCAUCCCUAAUCGUCAGUGCUUGCGGGGAUUCACAGAUCAUAGGGACCUCUAAGCAGAAUAGCAGCUAGUUCACAUCAAAUAGAGAAUCAACCGGUUGAUCAGUCAAUCAAACAGCUCCUUUGGAGGGUUUUGUCCUUUUUUUAAGCAGAAAAAAAAAAAAAAUUUCUUAAACUGAUGUAAAAAAAACACAAAACAACCCCAAAUGAAGAUAUUAAUAAAUUCAACCAGCAGUGUCACAGAGAUACAGAUUUCUUAUCCAGGGCUUUUCCUUCUCUUGGUGUUUGCUCUGAGCCAAAUAUCAGAUUCAGAAAAAUGGGAAGUAAGUGAUAAUUUCUGUAUGUGCAGUAAAAUAGGGAGCAGCCCCCUGUUUGCCCACGGUAGGAGAGAGGAAGGACAGGGAUGGGUGGCUCAGGAGUUGCAGUGUGCAGAACCCCAUCUUCUGGCUGCCCCCAGAGCCAGCCCAGCUAGGCAGUGACCACAGUCCUCAUCUUUGGGUGAUUUUUGACAACCUGUGUGGAAGCAGCUGAGGGGUUCCACCCAAAGCUUGGUGCCAGGUGCCACAUCACGGCAAGUCCCUGUCACAGCGGGCACUGCCUGAUGCCCUGGUUGGCCACUGAGCCGCCUUCUCCCAGCUGUGUGGGGACUGAGAGGAUUUGGCUGCUCUUCCUGGGGGAGCCAUGGGUGGUGAUUGCAUUCCCAGCUCCGUGGGAGCCCUGGGAGAGACCCUCCGUCCUCUGUGCGCUCCCCAGUGCUCCCACAUUAUAGGAUUCCACCUUGUUAGGAAAGCAAAUCCAACAGAGAAGGUCCAUGGUUGUGAAACAGCCUUUUAGCGAACAGAAGAAUCCUUCCCUCUUUCCAGGGAUGGAUGUGGCUCUUUGGGGCCAUCACAGGGCAGAUUGCUGGAGACCAAAUCCUUGGGGCUCAUUUCUGAUCUCCACAGAAUUCCCAGCUGGAUGUGGGAGUGAGAGAUCCCUCCAUGGCCAUGGCUUGGUGUCAGGGGACUCCGCUCCUAAAAGGAAGGGCUACCUUACUCCCAAAUCCCUCCUCCUGGGCUGGGGGGAGGACAGGGCUGUCAGAAAGCUCCUGUGCUGUCAGUGAGAAAAGAAAACUAGAUUUAGGGUGAAGAAAGAGACUGAGGGUUGAAUUUCUUAACAGUAGCUAAUGAUCAGUUUAUAGUAGCAGCUGUCUUAGAUAAGCAUCUGUGUAGAGCGCGGCAUCACCGCCAGCAUCACCUCAUCCAUAUAGUGGCGAGAAAUUUUAAAAAGUUUAAAAAAAAAAUUUAAAAAGUAAUUUAAAUGAAAUGUUUGUGUGUAAGAAAUGGUUGAAACUGUCAAAUGUCUGUGUCCCACGUUGGUGGGAUCUGAGAAGGUAUCUGCGAGAUAUUAACCCUGUCCUACUCUCUGUGGUGCUGAGUGUUUGCUUGGUGUGUAAUUCUGACCUGGAGCUUGUUGUAAAUACUGUUUUUAGUACUAUGAUUAUUAUGAUUAUUAUUAUCAGAAAUGUUGUACUCAUGAGCAAGAGUUGAAAACAAGAGAAAUGUCCAUUUUCACUCUCUCCUGGGGGCUCAGAAGGAGUCAGAGGCGGGGCCAGGUGAAGGCAGGGUGCCAGUGGGAUGCUGGACCAGAGAGCAGCUGGAAAAUGGUGGAAUUGGGAGCUGGAGGCAGCCGAGUCCUGCGGGCAGGGCGGUGAGAGCGGGGACGGCUGCUCCUCAUGCUGGGAGGAGAAGGAAGGGCUGAGAGGAAGAACAGAGGUGAUGCUUCAAUUCUGGUACAUAUAAUUUAGUGCUGAUCUAAACCUCCCCGUGUGGAGGUUCCUGGUGGUUCUCUGCAGCCCCACAGAAGCUGGAGGAUCUGUCAGGUCUAGCAUGUGCUGGAAGAGGGCUGUGUCAGGUUGUGCCGGUCAGAGCCGUCCUCUCAAACAGCUCCUGAGUCUCCUGGCUCGAUUCCUGCCUGGAUCUUCCCUCCCAGUCCCUUGUGCUGCCCUGUGCCCCUCUCUUCCCCCUCCCUGAAGCCCAGAUGGGUCUGAAGGGGGGACUUAUUCCUGCAAUAGCUUUUCCUGGCAAAAAUCCCUGUGGCAAGUGCAGAAUGGCCUGGCAGAUGGUGCUCAUGCAGGUGUGAGCACUGGAGAACUAAUUUUUCUCCCCUCCAUCAGGUUGGUGCAGUGAGGGACGGUGGAUAUGAUUGGAAAAUGUGUUACUGCAGGAGAAGCUGCUGCACCAGAGGAGCAGGGACGUGCAGGGAGAGCUGUGCAUUGGUAAUGUCAGGGAGCUGCUGCCGAGACACGCUGUGCCAAGGAAACAGCCUCACCUGUGGGGCCAGAGGCUUUACGUGUCCCAGAGCCAUGUUUGCCUGGUGCAGAUGGAUGGAGCAGGGAUGUUCAGGAGCUUGUCCAGUGUCACUGGGCGCUAUCAGGGAAAUGUGUGACUGCUUUGGCUGCAGGGUGUUGGCUGGAUGAGGGGUGUCCACCCACUGCUCCAAAACCCAUGGCGGCCAGGAGCUCAUGCAGCACUGUGCCCGACCGGCAGCACGUGGCAGGGGCCAGGAUCAUGGUUAUUCCAUGCCUUUCCAUAUCCUUUCAUGCUACUGGCUGCGUGCAGCUGCAUACUUCAUGCUUCAGACGGGAACUAAUUAAGUACCCUCAUUAACAUCCUUGCUGCCCCAGCCUAUGUCAUUCCUGGAGCAUUCCCAUGUACUGUGCAUGUGGACACAGCAUGCAACCCCCCCAGCUUUUGGGGUCACCUUCCUUAUUGUGGGGCUUGCGGUCUCCACUGACCCCGAAGGUGUUUAUGAAUCGAGUUCUGCGCCAACAGUUUUCGGACCCAUUUUUGCAGCAGCAUAUGGACAUGGGAAUGUGCCUUGUAGGGGGAGCAUCCUCAGGGCACCCACGGUGUCCCUGCUCAGACCUUGAGUGUGGCAGCGGUGUGAGGGAGGAAAGUCAGGAGGGUGACAUCAUUAUGUGCAGGUAUAGGCCUUCCAGGAGUCCCCCUGGAGAAGAGCCUUUGAUUUGGACAAGAAUGAGGAGCUGAAGCUGUAGGAAAGCCAGGACAAUCAGCCUCAGCCCAAAUUACAGCUCCGUGCCCUUCUUAUUCCAUACAGCAGAGCUCAGCUCUGCCUGUAAAUAGGCAUUUCCAAGGAUGCCGGCCCCUCCCACUGCUUCUGGACUGAGCCUAUUCCUUGUCUUAUUAUUUUGGAAUAAUUAAAAAAUCUUGCUCUAACCCAAGGGGUUCCCUUUGAGCUGACCUUCCAGGGCCGGUGGGAGUUGAGGAGUUGCAUGCAUCCUACCUCGGGGGUAGGUCGCUAUUGCUGCUCCCUUUCAAAUGUAAACUUCAGCUUGCUUGCUUUAGCUUAGCCCAGCCUGCCUCUGUGGCCCUGGCUCUGCAGUCCUGUCUCACGGGGUUGGUUAUAUCCCUCCCAUGGCGUUCCUGUCCUCCUCGCAGCGGCUGUGCACCCGGCUGUGCACGCGCGCACAGAAACACGUCCGUGGAAACGAUAUAUGCACACACACUCUGAUACCACUUGAAAUGAGUCAGGGAGCGGCUGUUUACGGUGCUAGAGAACUCUUACUCUCCAUGCUAGGGACGAGAUGACAUAGUAAGACCAAUAAACUCCACCUUUGUAGCCAGUUGUCUUUAAGCAAAGCAGCAGAGGGGCACUGGCCCGUGUGGGUGCUCCGUGGUCCCCGGGGUGCAGGGACGCAGGGGACAGCCCUGCCCCGGCAUCCCCCGUGCCUCAGUUUCCCACACCCGUUGACAAGGGAACACAGAUGCUCCCUCCCCACGGGGACCGCGGGAGAGCCGAUGCCUCCACAUCUCUAAAGUGCUCUGAAAUGGAAAGUACCAAAGUAUGGAGUGGGGAUACGCAGCUGUGCACCCCGGGAGGAACGCCCCGGCCCGUGGCUGCAGGAGAGGGUUGGAAGAUGACUGUGUGGGCACAGGGCUGAGCUGGCACCCCAGGGCUCAGCACCCUGGCUGCCCUCUGGGCAGGAUGUGCUCCUCCUGCCACAGCUGGGGCCACACCAUCCCUUGUUGCUGGGUGGGGAGCAGGCACAGUGUCAUGGAAAGACUUUCCAUCCCUAACAGAGCCUCGUCCGGUUCCCUUUGGUCUGCCACGUGCAUUUCAUUGUCAACUUGAGGUUGUUGUUGUGCAAAAGAAGUGAUCAUGAAAAAAAAAAAAAAAUAAAGGAAAAAAAAAAAGAAAUAAAGUUGGUAUGAAACCGUA